AGAUCCAGAUCAGAAACCACCAACACAAGCAAACCCCCCGCUCUCUUCUCUUCUCAUCGCAGCGGGCCCCGCGCGCGUCAGCCUCGCACCAAACUCUCUUCUUCCCUUCCCCUAAUCCCCCUUUUCCUCCUCCUCGACUCGACUCGAUUCUCGCCUAAAGCCAGCAGCUAAACCUCGAUUUCCAAUCCAUCCCCGCACGGCGCACCUAACCCCGAUCGGAUUCAGCAGCAGUGCCACACUCCCCGCGUACGCAUGGCCGAUCAGGGCGGCCUCUGAGGAGCGGCGGCGGUGAUAGGUGGGGGCGGAAGAGGGGGGGAGGGAAGAUGAGGGAGCUGCUGGGGGGCCCCGGGACGUGGGGCGGGCUGUGGCUGCGGGCGGCGCAGGUCGCCUUCGCCGCCGCGUCCAUCGGCGUCAUGGCGUCCGCGGCCGGCUUCGCCGGCUACACAGCCUUCUGCUACUUGAUUGCGUCAAUGGGACUGCAAGCAUUGUGGAGCUUGGGACUUGCAUUUCUUGAUGGAUAUGCCCUUAAAGUCAAAAUGGAUCUCAACAAUGCUGUUUUAGUGAGCUUAUUUGUAGUUGGUGACUGGGUUACUGCCAUUCUCUCAUUUGCUGCAUCAUGCUCAGCUGCUGGUGUAGUAGUUCUUUUUGAAAGGGACAUUACUUUCUGUAGAAGGUAUUACCAACUCCCUUGUAGCAGAUUUCAACUCGCCACGGCAUUUGCUUUUCUGUCUUGGUCACUAAGUGCGACAUCAGCUCUUAUCAUGUUUUGGCUCUUGGCGUCCUUCUGAUUUUGUAUAUAAUGUUGUGUAAGUUCUGUUUAUAGUGACUCCCUUUCUGUUUUCCUCUCAUCGUAGCAUUUAUAUAGGAUUAUGUUCCAGAUAUGUAACAAACCCGAAACCACACGACCAAAAGAUGGAAAUGUUGGGAAUUUGUAAGCUCCAUGGAGCUACCAUUUCCUAGGAAUUACUGACUGGAAACUUAGCUCCAGAUACUGAUGCAAUCGGUUUGUCAUCGUCUUUGUGUUCAUUCUUUUUUUAUAGCAAAAAUACCCUUGUUCUUAGUGA